ACACGGUAUAGCUGUAUGUUAAGAAGUUUGGUCUCCAACCACAUGGCUUAGGGUGCACUUCGUUGCGUGGAACCUUGAAUAUCUCCUACUAUGGCCUCUAGUCAGGAGGAUGAAAGAACUAAAAAAAGAAGAAAUAAUAUAGGCGCAGGCGUGGCGGUGUGGUAAGAAGCUGGCUUCCCAACAACAUGAUUCCGGUUUCAGUCCCACUGUGUGGCACCUUGGGUAAGUGUCUUCUACUGCAACACCGGGCCGAUCAAAAACCUUGAGUGGAUUUGGUAGACGGAAGCUGAAAGAAGCCCGUCGUGUAUAAACACACACACACAUGUGUGUGCAUGUCUGUGUGUAUGUGUCUGUGUAUUUGUGUUUAUUUCUCACCACCGCUUGACAACCAGUGUUGUUUUGUUUACGUCUCCGUAACUUAGCGGUUCGGCAAUAGAUACUGAUAGAAUAAGUCCGAGGAUUUAAAAAGUAACUACUGGGGUCAAUUCGUUUGAGUAGAAGUUCUUCAACGUGUUGCCCCAGCAUGACCGCAGUCUAAUGAUCGAAACAAAUAAAAGAUAAAUGAAGAAGUAAAGGAAAAAUUGGAUAAUCUAUCCUCGAGUAUUGAGAAAGAAACCUUACUGUGAAAGAUAACUAAAUAUAGUUUCAUUGUUAGGGUUAAAACCAAAAACUUAUGGUUUGUAAACUGAGAAAAGGACUGUGAGAAAUCUUCAAGGAUUGUGAAAACCACCGAUACCAAACUUCCAAGCAAAGGGUGGGUUUUAUAUCAGAAUUAGAAGAGUAAAUAUCCGUUUCGACGCAACUCAGAUGAACAUAUAGAAGAUCAAGGAAAUUAAAAUAUGAGAUGGCAACUAUAGAAGUUAUAAAACAAUAUAACUUAAUAUUGCUGACGUCUUAAAAACUUUAUAAACUUCCGAGGGAAAGUGAAAAAAUUCUUUUUAGGAAUUGUUGAUCUCGAAGUAUAUAAAGCUACAAAUAAAGGGUAAAGACCUCCUUCGGUCAUGAAUGACCAUGGGAUUGCACUUAGAAAGUUCCUCUCCGAGGCACAAGUCUGGGCAAAGUUGUUUAUGGAAGAUUAGCAGUCGCUCAUGCAUACCGGCUUCCCCUCUUCACGCUACCGAUGUUAUCCAAAGGAAAGGCAAAGACUGAUACCGCUUGGAUCUACUGACAUACAAACUCAUUUCUACAGGCUGAAGGUGUCCCAAUGGAGUCUGCCGAGCCAAGCCAAGAUUAUCAGGAAGCAUAUGAUACAAAGAAAUCAUCAACAAGUAUGGUAUCAUUUAAACAAAAACUGUCCAAACCUCGUUGUUGUAAGUGGAUGAGAGAUAAACUUGGUCUAGAUUCUAAUGUCAAAACUUCAUUACUCAAAUCAAGUAAAAACAUAUACUCCUUAUACAAUCUUGUGUCUAAAACACAUGCAGCUAACUACAGCCAGCUUAAUUUGGCCAAAGAUCGUCUGGAGAAGAUUAACGAAACAUACAACAAUAUCAUAAAAGAGAAAGAAAAUAAAGGAGAAGUUAUUACUGCAUUGGAAAAUAAAUUGAACAAUUUGAAUAAUGAAAAGGACAUUUUCGUCAAAUAUAUAAAACAAUUUAGAAAAAGAAAACAAGAACUCAAGGAUGAAGAACAUCGACUGCAACGGAAGCUGGAAUCUCUGAAAACCAUUGAAUUGCGGCCAUUGAAUCUGACGCACAUUCUUGAAGGUUUUUUAGUCGAACAAAUUGGCCUCAGUAAUUAUUGCUUUAAGUCUGGAACAUAUUCUAUCGAUCUUUUAAACCGAAACGCUAUGUUAUAA